UUCGUUUCCCCGCUCGUGUCCGGCCGGUUGGCUUCUCUCCCGCGUCUUCUAUGCCUUCGAGUUCCGGUGCCUGCUGUUCGUUUUCCGGGAAAAGUUCCCAGCUUUCUCAGUAAAAUUUCCUAGAAAAGAUAUGUAUACAUAUGUAUGUAUAUAUUCGUUGGCUAUUGUUGCUUGUUAGGUGGCUGCCGGUUUUUUAGUUUAAAGCGGUAUUCUUGAUUACGGGAUUAGAAGAUAUUAAACAAAGGAUGACGCUUUGCUUUGAUUUUUGCUGAAUAUGGGAAGUGAUGAGAAUUCUAGUAAUCACAGUUUUCUGAUGGGUACCUUCAUGUAUCGGCCUAGAAGCCGAAGGAAAUCCCUGUUGCGCAUCAAAUGUUUGUAAUAAUGACCGAUAUAUGAAAUCUUGUAGCUUGGGUUUUGCUUGAUAGAAGUGAGUAUCUAGGCGCAAGAUGGAAGCUUUACGACAAUUUGUUUACAGCCUCAGAACUUGUUCUAGUUUAAGAAGUGACCACAAAGUUCUCGCGGAUGUUGUCAAGUCUUGUGCUGCAAUGUCCGAGCUUGGUUCUGGGAGGGCUUUGCACGGGUGCGUGGCCAAGCUUGGUCAUUUGGCCUGUCAGGUGGUUUCGAAGUCACUGCUCAACAUGUAUGCCAAAUGUGGCAGCAUGGAUGAUUGUCAGAAACUGUUCAGGCAAAUGGACAGUGUUGAUCCUGUUGUUUGGAACAUUGUUCUGUCUGGAUUUUCCGGUUCUUGUGGUCAUGAUGUUGAGACCGUGAGGUUUUUCAAAGCAAUGCUUUUCGAAGAUGAACCUAAACCUAGCCCAGUUACCUUUGCAACUGUGCUUCCUGUGUGUGCUCGUCUUGGGGAUUCAUUCAGCGGAAAGAGUAUGCAUUCCUAUGUUAUUAAAACUGGUUUUGAUAGAGACACCCUUGUGGGGAAUUCUCUGGUUUCCAUGUAUGCCAAAUGUCGGUUGGUUUCCCGUGAUGCUUGGACUGCAUUUGAUAGCAUCACCGACAAAGAUGUUGUCUCAUGGAAUGCUAUUAUUGCUGGCUUUUCUGAGAACAAGAUGAUCAGUGAUGCAUUUAGAUUGUUUUGUCUGAUGCUGAAGGAAUCCACAGAGCCGAAUUAUGCAACAAUUGCAAAUAUUUUGCCAGUUUGUGCUGCUCUAGGCAAGAAUAUUGCAUAUCAAAGUGGUAGGCAAAUUCAUACUUAUGUCGUGCAGAGAUCUUGGCUGCAAACUGAUGUUUUUGUUUGCAAUGCGUUGGUGAGUUUCUAUUUGAGAGUCGGACAUAUGGAAGAUGCAGCAUCAAUGUUUAAGAGGAUGUCUUCCAAAGAUCUCGUCUCGUGGAAUGCUGUCAUAUCUGGUUUCGCAUCAAAUUGCAAGUGGUUUAAAGCCUUGCAAUUAUUUCAAGAAUUGAUUCAUAAAGGGAAUGUUUUCCCCGAUUCCGUGACUCUUGUCAGUAUCCUUCCUGUCUGUGCACAGUUAAGAGAUCCACUUCCUGGCAAAGAGAUCCAUUGUUAUGUUUUGCGACGUUCUUUCCUGUUGAAGGAUACAUCUGUUGGAAAUGCUCUUAUCAGUUUCUAUGCAAGAUUUGGUGACACGAGUGCAACAUACUGGGCCUUUUCACUCAUGUCCAAGAAAGACUUAAUAUCUUGGAAUACUAUACUGGAUGCCUUUGCAGAUACACUGUUCUAUUCCCAGUUUACAGAUCUCUUGCUCCGAUUUCUUCAAGCAGCAAUCCCUCCGGAUUACAUUACUAUUUUAAGCAUAACAAAAUUUUGCACUAGUUUACAGAGAGUAGAUAAAGUAAAAGAAGUACAUUGCUACUCAGUUAAGGCUGAUCUUUUAGUCAAUGAAGUAGAACCAUUGGUUGGAAAUUCGUUGCUUGAUGCAUAUGCCAAAUGUGGCAAUGUGGACUAUGCUCGCAAAAUUUUCCGCUAUUUAUCAGAGAGGAGAAAUGUGGUUACCUAUAAUUCAAUGAUCUCGGGAUACGUUAAUUGUGGAAAUCAUGAUGGUGCUCGGACGUUGUUUAACGAGAUGCCUACCACUGAUCUCACAAGUUGGAGCUUGAUGGUUCGUGUUUAUGCUGAAAGUCGUUUUCCUGAUGAAGCCAUCGAUCUUUUCCAUCAGAUACCAGCACGAGGAAUGAGGCCUGACACUCUGACUAUUAUGAGUAUCCUUCCUGUUUGUGCCCAAAUGUCCUCUUUGCAUCUGGUGAGGCAAUGCCAUGCAUACAUUCUCAGAGGAGGACUUGGCGAUAUCCGCUUGAAGGGGACUUUGUUAGAUGUUUAUGCAAAAUGUGGCAGCUUGAGAAGCGCUUCUGUCCUUUUCCAGUCAGACCCUCACAAAGAUCUGGUUAUGUUCACUGCUAUGAUUGGUGGUUAUGCUGUACAUGGAAUGGGUAAGGAAGCCCUUAUGAUCUACUCUCAUAUGCUUGACUUGGGUUUAAAACCUGAUCAUGUUGUCGUGACAACCGUAUUGUCUGCAUGCUGUCAUGCUGGAUUGAUAGAUGAGGGGUUGAAGAUAUUUGAUUCAAUAGGGAUGGUUCACCGUAUGAAACCUACCAUGGAACAGUAUGCUUGUGUAGUAAAUCUUCUUGCUCGGAGGGGCCGCGUUGAAGAUGCAUAUUCUUUUGUCACUGGGAUGCCAAUUGAACCGAAUGAAAAUAUAUGGGGAACACUGUUAGGGGCAUGCACAACCUAUCAUAAUGUGGAGCUGGGGAGGGCAGUUGCGGAUCAUCUUUUGGAAGCUGAAUCAGACAAUAUCGGGAACUAUGUUCUGAUGUCAAACCUGUAUGCUGCAGAUGCUAGAUGGGAAGGUGUCAUGGAGUUGAGAAAACUAAUGAAGGAGAGGGAUUUGAAAAAGCCAGCAGGAUGUAGCUGGAUUGAAGUGGAGGGGAAAAGGAAUGUCUUUGUAGCAGGAGACUGUUCUCACCCUCAAAGAAAUAGUAUUUUUUCUACCCUACUUACUUUAGGUCGGCAAGUCAAAGAGUCUCUGCAACUCAAAUAGAUGAAUAUUCAGAACAUGAAGGGGCUUAUAGUUACAGAAAAUCAUAACCCCAAAGAAGUGGAUUGUUAAAGGUCUUCAUGCCAAGAAAGGGAAACUUGGAUAAGAUGGUGGAUGUGGUAAUCAAAAUGUCAUGCUGAGGUUCUGUCUUUGCUACGUGCCAGAACUACUUCAAGAUAUAAAGUUCUUAGGCAUCGGACUAUAGAAAAGGAUGCAUAUGCUACUACAUUUGUGGCUACAAGAAGAUUACAGAAAUAUUACCAAGACAGAGAUUUAAGAGUGAAAGAAUAGUG